ACAAUGAAACGCACAAUGAGGAGCUUCACUUUGACAACAGCUUUACUUCUCUGCAGCCUCAGCUGGAUCUCUGUCUCAGGUUCGGAGUCUCAGACUGUGGAGGUCCAGCCUGGUGAAGAAGUCACACUGACGUGCACCAACAUUUCCAGCAGACCAUGUCAGACCGACUGGUUCAGACUGAUCAACAGAACCAAGCCCAGCUGCAUCUCCUCCAUGUACUGGGCUGAUGGUGUGGCUUCGUUCUGUGAUGGAUUUCAAAGUGGAUUUGAAAUGAGCUCCAACAUCUCCACUGUCUUUCUUAAAAUCAAGCGAGUGGAUUUAUCUGACUCUGGAGUGUAUUUCUGUGGAUUCUACAAAGACACACAUACAGUCAUUGGCGAUGCAACACAUUUGAAAAUUCAAGGUAAUGCUGAUUUGGAUGACGAAGUGGAUUUUGAGACUGAAAACGACCAUGAUGCACUAAGAAACCUCAUGACUGUGAUCCUGGGCGCUCUGAUGGUUUUCUUCAUGGUGGCAGUCAUUGUUCUGGCUGUUAAAAUCAAGCAACGUCAGAAAGCUGAAAAUGAAGAACUGCAUCCUGAAAGAAACAAGAAUCCAUGCACUGACGACCUGAACUCUGCAGCACUGAGGUUCCUUCCAGAGACAAUAAGGAACAGGAGGCCUGAAUCAGAGAAAGAAGUGGAGACUCGCGUCAUUUACACCGCCAGCAGAUAGACUCAGGAAGCAACUGUAACUGCAACUCUCAGUGUAACAUUGCAACAUUGCAACUUUUUUUUAAUAAAGUUCCUAAACUGGUCAGUUCAUCUUUGUCUCUUUUUUAUUUUGUCUGCCUCCAUUUUUUCAUUUAACAGGGACAAGAACAUAAUUGAUGAG